AAUUUACCGCCCGUUUGCAACCAUGACAAAAGCUCACAUAUAUAAAAGCAAUUGGCAGCUCCAUUUUACAAUCGGUUAAAGCGGUUGCCAUACGUCAAAAGUGUCAUCUCUAAUAAUUGGACAUUUGGACUUUGUUUAUUAUCUUUUCAUUUUUUUUUUUUGGUUUAUUAUCGCUUUCCUACUCGAAAUUAAAUAGUAUUUUGGACCAUAAUUAUUGCGACCAUGUCGUCGUUACGUCCUUUGGUUGAAGGCGAUUGCGGUGGGGUUAAUCCCCUUAUGCAGCUAGGCGGCCAAUUCACUAGAGAUGUGGCCCACAAGGAUGAGGGAUUCGUUCAAAGACAAUUUGAACGCGGCAUGCGACCCGAGGAUCAGCUGAUCAAUGAAUUUCUCGGUCAAGUUGCCGCACCGGCCCAAUCAUUUCAAAUGGACACGUUGCUACAAGAGAUGCGAGACAUUAAUAUCCAUAGCCAUGGGGGACUUCAACAGCAGCAGCAGCAGCAGCAGCUGCAGUUGCAGCAUCAACAACAAGCAGCCCAAUGGAGUCAAGACUUUGCCCAAGGCAUGGCUCCACCUGUUUUGUCCAAUAAAAUAAUUAAUAUGCAGCCCCAACACCAACAGAUGCAACAUGUCCAGGAGUUCUUUGAUGAUGGUCCAUUGAUAAGAGUUGAGAACUUUGCGAUGAGGCCACAACCUGGACACUAUCUACCCCCCAUGCAGCAGCAACAGGAUAAUCAAUUUUUCGAUCCAAAUAUGGAAACAAUUAGCACAGAUAAUUUGCCGCGUGCUCCACAGGGAGAGUCUCUAGAGGAUUGGAUAACAGACUAUCAACGCUCCACAGAACAAAAAGAACAGGCCUCGGCCAAUUUCAAUGAGAAAUUUUGGCAACGCUUGCAAGACGAAUGGCAAAAGCUAGCCGAGGAAAAUGAACAUCCUUGGCUAUCGGAAUACAAUGAGAAUCUGGACAACUACAAGGAGUAUGAGUUUGCCGAGGAGAAUCCCAUGUCGGAGCUGGAUAAUGCCUUUGAGAAGGGCAAAGAGUAUCUGACCAAGGGUGACAUUCCCAGUGCUGUUCUCUGUUUUGAGGUGGCAGCCAAAAAGGAGCCAGAACGUGCAGAAAUCUGGGAAUUAUUAGGCAUAUCGCAGGCGGAAAACGAAAUGGAUCCACAGAGUAUAGCAGCACUGAAGCGCGCCUUGGAACUACAGCCGGAUAAUCGACGGGUGAUUAUGGCCCUGGCUGUGUGCUAUACAAACGAAGGAUUACAAUAUAAUGCCGUUAAAAUGCUUUCCAAUUGGUUGGAGGUUCAUCCAGCGUACACCCAAUUACUUCAAUCACAUCCAGACCUAAAGAGCGAUGGCGCCUAUUUGGCCUCGUCGUUGAUAGGGCCAAAAAAAUUGCAAGAUUUGCAACAGGUCUACUUGGAGGCAGUGCGACUACGUUUACCCGAAGUGGAUCCCGAUGUUCAAGAGGCUUUGGGCGUUCUCUAUAAUCUAUCCGGGGAAUUUGACAAGGCGGUGGAUUGCUAUCAGGCGGCUCUUCAAGUGGAUCCUCAAAAUGCUAAGGUCUGGAAUCGUUUGGGAGCUAGCCUGGCGAAUGGUUCACGUUCCGUGGAGGCUGUCGAGGCAUAUCAACAGGCUCUCCAGCUUCAGCCGGGCUUCAUACGUGUGCGCUAUAAUGUUGGUGUUUGCUGUAUGAAUCUGAAGGCCUACAAGGAGGCAGUGGAGCAUCUACUGACUGCAUUAACCAUGCAGGCUCAUACAAACGCUGUGCGUGAACUGCCCAAUGUGGCCGCCGGUGGGGGUCCAUCGCUUAGUGGUAAUCAAAAUCAAAUGUCCGAUUCCAUAUGGAGCACUGUUAAGAUGGUUAUCUCACUGAUGGGUCGCAGUGAUCUCCAGGUACAUGUCAGUGAUCGAAAUUUGCAGGCCCUCAAUGAGGCAUUUAAGGAUUAGAUUAAGCAAAAAGGUUUGUCGCAGUUUUGGGAUCUUUUUAAAAAAAAAAAAAUAAUAAAGAGAAAAUUUCAAUUUUUUGUUAAAUUUAGUUGUGAUAUAUUCUCUAUUAUUUCUUUUACUACGGCAUUGGUCCUAGUCUUUUGUAGUCAAUCUUCUCCAGCUGCACCAGCGGUUUCAACUGUUC